AUGCCUGGAAAACUAAUAAUCACAAUUGAGAGUGCAAAGUUCACAUUGGAACAAAAGUCCAGUAUUAAUACAGGUGGUAUGGGCAAGAGACAGAAGGAAGGGAAGGGACAAGGGGGAUGUGGGACGAACAAAGCAGGGACGAACAAAGCAGGGACGAACAAAGCAGGGACGAACAAAGCAGGGACGAACAAAGCAGGGACGAACAAAGCAGGGACGAACAAAGCAGGGACGAACAAAGCAGGGACGAACAAAGCAGGGACGAACAAAGCAGGGACGAACAAAGCAGGGACGAACAAAGCAGGGACGAACAAAGCAGGGACGAACAAAGCAGGGACGAACAAAGCAGGGACGAACAAAGCAGGGACGAACAAAGCAGGGACGAACAAAGCAGGGACGAACAAAGCAGGGACGAACAAAGCAGGGACGAACAAAGCAGGGACGAACAAAGCAGGGACGAACAAAGCAGGGACGAACAAAGCAGGGACGAACAAAGCAGGGACGAACAAAGCAGGGACGAACAAAGCAGGGACGAACAAAGCAGGGACGAACAAAGCAGGGACGAACAAAGCAGGGACGAACAAAGCAGGGACGAACAAAGCAGGGACGAACAAAGCAGGGACGAACAAAGCAGGGACGAACAAAGCAGGGACGAACAAAGCAGGGACGAACAAAGCAGGGACGAACAAAGCAGGGACGAACAAAGCAGGGACGAACAAAGCAGGGACGAACAAAGCAGGGACGAACAAAGCAGGGACGAACAAAGCAGGGACGAACAAAGCAGGGACGAACAAAGCAGGGACGAACAAAGCAGGGACGAACAAAGCAGGGACGAACAAAGCAGGGACGAACAAAGCAGGGACGAACAAAGCAGGGACGAACAAAGCAGGGACGAACAAAGCAGGGACGAACAAAGCAGGGACGAACAAAGCAGGGACGAACAAAGCAGGGACGAACAAAGCAGGGACGAACAAAGCAGGGACGAACAAAGCAGGGACGAACAAAGCAGGGACGAACAAAGCAGGGACGAACAAAGCAGGGACGAACAAAGCAGGGACGAACAAAGCAGGGACGAACAAAGCAGGGACGAACAAAGCAGGGACGAACAAAGCAGGGACGAACAAAGCAGGGACGAACAAAGCAGGGACGAACAAAGCAGGGACGACGUCAAAUUCACACUAG